AUGCCAACCACCACCGCAUCAACUCCGACCUCUUCAAGCCACCGCAGCGACGGUGAAUUCGACCAGCAGUGGGAAUUUGGCUUCAAUUCGGAUCGUGGAGGAGCCAGUGAUGACGACAGCGAUGAUGAAGACUCGCCGACUGGGACUCCCCCGCGAGAUAUUGAAGUUGACGAUGACUCGGUCUCCAGCGGUGGCUCAAGCGUGUCCACUCAAGGGGAUGUGACCAGGCUGCCCGGCGGACUUGUUCUCGGUUCUUCCCGCUAUGACAUGGACGACAGCGAAGCCAGCAGCAGUUUGGACGACUCUGACGCAUACGACCCUGAAAUGGAGACUGUUAGCAGUGAGGACGAAGGCGACGAGCUCGCAGUUCAACCUUCUGCGUCAGGGCGUCAAGGGCAUGCGGGAAUCGACCUCGUCGCGACAGCGCAUCGCACCGUCAUCCAACUCAACGGCCGUCAGUACACGAAAGCCCGAGAGUCCUCGCGCAAGAUUUCCUUGCGGUGCAGCUCUUACCGACGUACUCCGGGGUGCAAAGGGAAAGUCGACUACAGUUUUGCGCGAGAUGUGUUCUACAAUUUUACGCCACACACUUGUGAAGGGACGGGCCAAGCUCCAAGCCGAUACGUUGACGUCACCGAGGAAAUGAAGGCCGAGUUCCACCACGUCUUUAUGGAGGGCGAGCGGCUACAGCGUGUGCUGGGUUGGGCGGACCCUCGACUGCUGGAGUUACUUCGGUAUCCGGGCUCGCAGAUGUUCGUCGACGGAACUUUCCGGUGCGUCCCGAGGUCGUUCUACCAGUGUGUCGUGUUGAUGGUGAGCGACGCAGCAAGUGGCGUGUUCGUGCCUUGCGUUUACGCUCUUACGACUGGCAAAACCCAUCAACUAUACCAAAAGUUGAUGCGGUUCAUGGAUGACGGCACGGGUAGUCGCCUUCAACCUGGGAGUGUCGUCUGCGACUUCGAGGCAGCGCUGAUCGAUUCAGUGACGGACCUCAAGCGACCCGACGACGCAUGA